CACGUGUCCAGGUGUACGGUGGCCGACGGGGGUCAACUGGAACAAAAACGAAGUGUUUGUAGGAGUUCGCCCUGCGCUGAGGCACGCAGGCUCAGGCUGAGGUGAGCAGGUGUUCGCAGGUGUUCGCAGGUGUUCUUGAGCUUUACUGACAGGUGUGUUGAUGUGGAAACAAACAGGUGAAACAAAGUACCGGUGAGCACACGUCACGGCUGAGAGAGCGGGAAAACGUGCCUGGCAGAGACAAAUCAGGGCGAACACACACGGAGGAUCUACGGUGGCCGCUGUGUUCACGCUGUUAGCUCCGUUAGCUCCGUUAGCUCCGGAGCAGCUGGAUCAACCGAACUCUGACGUCACUCUCCGGUCACACCGAGCUCACGAGCUCACGUUAACGGCCGCGCAGCUCACCGCGUAGUUCAACCCGUCUGCCGGUCCCGGUCCCCGGUCCCCGGUCCGCGUCCGUCCUCCCGCUGAACGGACGAACUAACGGGCUAACGUGGAGAUGGAACUGGAUCCGCAAGAAGUCGAACGAGCCAAGGCGUUCUGGUCUGAGGAGGACGUGGAUGAGGUGUUCAGCGGUGUGUGUGCGUACGUGGCUCACCUGAAGAGAGUCCUGAAGAAGAACACGGCCACAGAUAAAGAGUAUGUUCAGGCGCUGAAGCUGCUGGAGUCUCUGGACGUUUCUCCUCCGGCCUCCACUCAGGACUCCUCCGUGUUCCAAGUGGUCAUCGGCUCAGUGUCUUCCUGCACAGGUGAGCUGCUGCCAGGUGACUCCUCCCCCUCAGCAGCUCCCCCUGCAGGUAGAGAGGAGCUGCUGCCUCCUCUGACACCUGAGGAGCUGCAGUAUGAACCCCACAGCUGCUGCAAGGCCUGCCUGUCCAGUUUACCCAGCAUGCCUCAGUGCACGCCGGCGUUCUGGGGUCAGAACCCGCUGAAGGUUCCGCUGCUCUGCGGCUUUAAGAGGUUGACCGCCGUGCCGCUGAUGUCAUCGAGGGGGGGCGUGGCUCCUGACGACCAGGGGGCGGAGCGUCCAGCCUGUGAGGACGUGGAGGACUGGGACGUCGUUUAUAAAACGCCGUGUGGGCAGAGCCUGCGUAACCAUGACGACGUGAUGCGCUUCCUGUUGGCCACAGGUGGCUACGACAUCCUGCAGGUGGACUUCUUCACCUUUAACUCGUCCGUCCGGUUGGACCCGCCCCAGUCGGCUGGCCCCCGGCGCCCGGAGCUGGACCUGAGCCGGGGCGUGGAGCCCACACCCGUAGAGCUCUGCACCGGGGACGGCGGCGCCCGGCCGGCCGAUUUCCGCUACAGGAAGGAGCGCUGGCCGCACGGCUGCUUCCUGAGCCGAGGCCCGACGCUGUUCACCGCCUGCUGCGACUGCACCGACGGCUGCAGCGACGCCGAGCUCUGCGCCUGCGCCGCUAUGACCGGAGCAGGGCGCCACUACAGCCACCACAGGCUGCACGAGCCCGUACCGUCAGGUGUGUACGAGUGUGGUCCGUGGUGCGGCUGUGACCGCGCUCGCUGUCAGAACCGGCUGGUCCAAAGAGGCAUCAGGGUCCGCCUGCAGGUCUUCCCCACUGACGACCGUGGCUGGGGUGUGCGUUGCCGUGACGACCUGGACAGCGGCACGUUCGUGUGCAUAUACGCAGGUGUGAUCCUGCAGAGGGUUCCGAGUCCCACCGAGCCGCCGUCCCCGAAGCUGACGAGGACGGACCUCCCUUCAGACGACGAGGUGGAGGUCGUCACAGAGUGGCUGGCCCCGCCGGUGCUGGAGGGCCAGAGCAACCUGCUGGAGCCCACCUCGCCCCCCCUCCACGUCCCGGUGAUCCAGAGACCUGCGGACGCCAACGCCACAACCACCACACCACAGGACCGGGACAAGUCGGUGUUGGUGGGAGGUCCGGAGCCGCCGUCACCUUCAGGUGGGUCAGGUGAGCGGUCACCAGCUCAGGGGAAGGAGGUCCAGGCCGUGAACGGGACGGAGCCGAAGAACCAGAAGAGCUUAAAGAGAGCGAUGAAGGUGGAGGACGUUAACUUCCUGGACGCCAGCAAGGAAGGAAACGUGAGCCGCUUCCUGAACCACAGCUGCCAGCCGAACCUGUUCAUCCAGAACGUCUUCACCGACUCCCACGACCCCGCCUUCCCCGUCAUCGCCUUCUUCACCAGCAGGGUCGUGAAGGCCGGCACCGAGCUCACCUGGAACUACUCUGCCGACACGCACAGGAAACAGGAAGUGCCCUGUCGCUGCGGCAGCGACGGUUGCCGUGGACAGUUUAGCGUGGAGGAGAACCUGUGUGACCUGUGUGAGGUGGAAGGUGAAGCACGAUGAUCUCCACCUGAACCAAACUGAACCAACAUUUGUUCAAUAAACAAAGUUUCAUAUUUAAUAUUC